CGUGGAGACCCCUUCCUCUCCACACAAGCACUCCAUCUCCUCCGCGGCCUACCUACCUAGCCCGUCACUGACACGCCGCCCCCACCACAGAUCCCGGCCACCAUGGACCAGGACCCCAAGGAGCGGCUCCUCCUCCCUCCCCGCGCCGCCACGAACGGGCCCCACCGCCGCGGCAAGCCCGCGGCGCCAGGCGGCGGCGGAGGAGGGGGCGGCGUGACGAUCGACGUCCACGGCCUCAAGAAGCGCGGCGGCGGGCGGCGCUCGUGGGUGCGGGUGGACGCGGCGACGGGCGCGGCCGAGGCGGUGGAGGUCGCCAAGCCGGCGCUCAUGCGGCGGCUCGACCUGCCCGCGCGCGACCUCCGCCUCCUCGACCCGCUCUUCGUCUACCCCUCCGCCAUCCUCGGCCGCGAGCGCGCCGUCGUCUGCAACCUCGAGCGGAUACGGUGCAUCAUCACCGCCGACGAGGCGCUCGUCCUGCGCGACCCCGACGCCGACGGCGGAGCCGCUGCGGAGGAGGCCGUGCGGAGGUAUGUCGACGAGCUGCAGCGCCGUCUCGUGGACCGCGCUGACGACCUGCCCUUCGAGUUCAUCGCUUUGGAGGUCGCGCUCGAAGCCGCCUGCUCCUUCCUAGACGCUCAGGCUGUUGAGCUGGAGGCUGAAGCUUAUCCACUGCUAGAUGAGUUAACGGCCAAAAUCAGUACCCUUGACUUGGAGCGUGCUCGACGCCUAAAGAGCAAGCUGGUUGCAUUGACUAGGAGGGUCCAAAAGGUCAGAGAUGAGAUAGAGCAAUUGAUGGACGACGAUGGUGAUAUGGCUGAAAUGUACCUCACGGAAAAGAAGAUGAGGAUGGAAGCAUCCUCAUUGGACGAGGAGGGCCUUCAAGGAAUUGCUGGAAAUAAUGCCUUCGGUACAUCCGUCUCUGCUCCAGUUUCACCAGUUUCGUCGCCCCCUGCGCCCCGGCGGCUUGAGAAGCAAUUUAGUUUUGCUAGAAGCAGGCACAGCAGCUUCAAGAGCUCAGAGAGCAGUCAAUAUAACAUAGAAGAACUGGAAAUGUUGCUGGAGGCUUACUUUGUGGUUAUUGACUACACUCUCAGCAAAUUAACUUCGCUGAAGGAGUAUAUUGAUGACACAGAGGAUUUCAUCAAUAUCCAGCUGGUAUAUUCCCCUGAUUUCAUACUUCAUCAUUUGUCAUGUCUAUUGCUCAACGUUCAGAUAAAAGAUCACGUUAAAAAAGGAUAAUGUCCGGAACCAACUGAUCCAGUUCGAGCUGCUGCUGACCACCGCUACGUUUGUGGUAGCCAUCUUCGGGGUUGUCUCUGGGGUCUUCGGCAUGAACUUUGAGGGGGUUGCCGUGCUUAAAGUGCCUCACGCUUUCGAGUGGACGCUCAUCAUAACGGGUGUUUGUGGCGCAGUCAUAUUCGCCUGCCUCCUGUGGUACUUUAAGAAGAGAAGGUUCUUCCCCUUGUAAAAUGUAUUCUUGCAACCUUCUGCUGCAUGUUGCAGAAAGCAGCAUUCGGCAGUUCAUUAUUUUUCCAGCUUCGCUGGCGUGCAAUUGUACAUACCUUUUCUCCUUUGUUCCAGUGAAGAUACACAAUGUUGGAGCUGCA